AUGGCGCUUCCAAACGCCGCCGCCAGUGUCCUCCCUCGCCGUGCAGGCGCCGAGGCCGCCAGCGCACCGCUGGUGGCGGUGGAGGGCGACAUCGUGACCCUCAGCUGGAAGUGCUACAAUGACGAGGGCGAGCUGCUGGAGAGCAGCGAGCAGAGCGAGGAGCCCACCACCUUUGAGGUGGGGGCCGGCGACAUCGUGGGCAACCGACUGUUCGAGGCUUUUGACGAGGCGGUGCGGGGCCUGGCGGUGGGCGGUGCCACCCGUGUCAAGGCGGAGGGCGGGGAGUGGAAGGAUGAGCUGAUGUUCAAGGUGCCGCGCGAGCACCCAGAGGUGGAGCGCCUGGAGGGGCGCUACAAGAACCAGGGCGGCGUGAAGGAGGGCAACCUGGUGCAGCUGUCCAACAAUGCCAUGGCACUGAUUGUGAAGGUGGAUGAGGAGGAGGUGCUGCUGGACUGCAACAACAUGCUGGCUGGGAAGAGCCUGUGGUUUGAGCUUGAAUUGGUGGACCUGGAUCGCCCCAGCCGCUGA